AUGCGCGUGAUAGCGUGUGAUGUGCGUGUGAGCACCAUUGGCUCUCCCACCUAUCGCCUGGCCCAACACUUGGCUGGCCUACUGAAGACAUACACUGGCAACGGUCCACGCCACGUGAGGAACUCCAUGGAAUUUGUCCACACAUUGGACUCUCUCCAUGUUGAUCCCCACGACAUAAUGGUCAGUUUCGAUGUAGUGUCACUCUUCACCAGGGUGCCUAUAAAAGAUACGAUGGAUCUGCUAGGACGACAUUUCGAAGAAAACAUCUUGAGACUCUUCCGCCAUGUCCUGACCACCUCAUACUUCACCUUCAAUGGCCAGUUCUAUGAACAAACCGAUGGCGUGGCGAUGGGCUCGCCACUCUCUCCGGUCAUCUCUAACCUCUAUAUGGAGGACUUCGAGGAGAGGGCACUUGACUUGGCCCCACACAAGCCCCGCUGCUGGUUUCGCUACGUGGACGACACCUUCGUCAUCUGGUCACACGGUCCCGACAAGCUCCAGGACUUCCUGAACCACAUAAAUA